AUGAGCAUGGAGAUCUUUAUGAAGAGCCCCACCGGCAGGACAAUCUGCCUCAGGGUUAACCCAACGGAUACCUUAUCCACAGUUAAGGCAAAGAUUCAGGAACAACAACGCCUUGUCUAUAAUGGAGUGCAGCUUGACGACAAUCUUACAUUGGCUGAUUAUAACAUACAACAUAUGUCCACGCUUGACCAUCAAGAAAAGAUGCAAAUCUAUAUAAAAGAGACGCUGGUAGGCACGACCAUCACUCUUGAGGUUGACAGCUUAGAUACUAUUGGCAACGUGAAGGCCAAGAUUGCAUAUAUACUGAGGGCUUUCCUAUGGAUCAACAAUGCCUCAUCUUUGCCAAUAAACAGCUAG